AUGGCGGAUCCAGCCGACGAUUUCGCGGCUCGCAGCGGACGCUUCGUCGAGUGGUUUAAAUCGAUCGAAGGGACUUCGCUCUCAGACAAGAUCUCUCUGGUGGACCUAAGAUCAGAAGGUGCCGGACGUGGCGUUAUCGCGCGUGAAGAUAUCCCAGUGAACGAGGUUCUAUUUCGGGUUCCACGAAGUAUGGUCCUUGAGGCCCCAGAUAUUGUGGUUCAUCCGACCGGGGAAAAGCGCUGCCAGGUGCUCACCAUCUCGGCCCAUCGAAAUCAUGGGAACGACGCCGGGCUGACAUCUGUCCUCAUAUGUUUGGAAGGGCAAGGUUCGUGGCUGCCUCUCAUUGUCACAAUCAUCCACGAGUACCUGAAAGGCGAAGAGUCCUACUGGUACCCAUAUUUCCAGGUCCUGCCCACUACUUUCAACACCCUUAUGUUCUGGAACGAGCAUGAGGUGGCGGAGCUCCAGGCUUCUGCUGUCGUAAAGAAAAUCGGAAAGUCGGAGGUGGAGAAGGAAUGGAAACAAAAGAUCAUAAUGCCAAUGCUGGCCCAGCCUCUCGCCUUCCCAUUGGAGGAGGUUGAGGAGGAGGCAAAGAUCGCUAGACUGACUGAGCUGGCUCACAUGGCAGCAAGCUUGAUCUCAGCUUACUCGUUCGAUCUCGACCGCGACGAAGACGACGGUAACAAGGACGACGGCGACGAAGACGACCUUCGCGAGGACGAUGAAGUCGACCCGCUCAAGGGCAUGGUACCAUUUGCGGACAUGCUCAAUGCCGACGCCGACCUCAACAAUGCUCGAUUGUCGCAAGAAGAUGAUAACCUGGUCAUGUACACGAUCCGUCCAGUCAAAGCUGGAGAGCAACUAUACAACGAUUACGGCGAACUACCUCGCUCGGAACUGCUUCGCUGCUAUGGCUACAUCACUCCCAACUACGCACAGUAUGACGUGGCCGAACUCGCCCAUGAUUUGCUUGUGGAGCUCGCCGGUCUUGAAGAUCCUAAGAACAACGAGGCUUGGCGCCGUGCUGUGGCCAGGCUCGAUGACAAGGAAGUUCUUGAUGACGGCUAUUCGAUCUACUUGCGGAGCCCGGUCGGAGGGCCCGACGCGUACGUUCCGGAAGAUCUUCGCACUGUACUACGUGCCCUGACGACCUUUACUGCGUCAGGAUUCUCCAAGUUCAAGGUCGGUCAAGCGAUGACUAAAGAGGAGGCAACAUUACUCUCGGCAGCUGCAUCCAGACGAUUGUCUGAGUAUGCGACUACUCUGGAGGAAGAUCGCAGAAUCUCUGCUCAAUCACCCGUCGCCCUUCCCAACGAGCACGUCCAGGCAUCGCGGUACACCGCCGCUGUCGUAGUACGUCAAAGUGAAAAGGAGAUCCUCCAAUUACUCAUCGAUCGUUGUGCCGCUCACCUUACGCAGCUGCAAGCUGAGUCACAAGCAACGGCACGGGAGAGCCAGAAGAAGCGAAAGCUGGGCGAUGACCAGCACAGAUCACGAAAGGCAGUCAAAGCUAACGGACAUCGCUGA